UUCCACGAAUUCAGUUGAAGAUGAUCAGAUCAGGCAAGUUCAACUUAAAAUUCAAUUUCACAGUACCAGAAAAGGGGAUCUCGAAACAAUCGAAUCCUAUGUGAAAAGAUUGAGGUCCAUCGCCGAUUCCCUGGCAGAAAUCGGCGAUGAGAUCUCAAAUUCAAACAUGGUGUUGCAACUUCUUGCUGGUUUGCCUAUUGAAUACUUGCCCCUCAAAAACACAAUAUCAUCAAAGUGGCCUCUUCCCACUUUUGGAGACGCUUGUUUCAUGGUGUACAAGCACGAAGGCAUGAGUUUUCGAAAAGAUGAAUCUAAUAAUAGUUCCACAAAUUCAGUUGAAGAUGAUCAAAUCCGGCGAGCCCAACUGCAAAUUCAAUUUCACGGAACCAGAAGAGAGGAUUUUCAGCCCAUCGAAUCCUAUGUGAAAAAAUUGAAAUCCAUAGCCAAUUCUCUAGCAGAAAUUAACAGUCCAAUCUCAGAUUCAGACAUGGUGUUGCAACUUCUUGCUGGUUUGCCUAAUCAAUACUUGCCCCUCAAAAACACAAUAUCAUCAAUGCGUCCUCUCCCCAAUUUUGAAGAAGCUUCUUCCAUGUUGUACAUGCAAGAGGACAUAUUAUUACAGGAUCGUGAGAAGAAAUUCAAAGCUGAUGCUGGUGCAGAGCAAUCGUCUGGUUUGUUUACCGCAGAUACGUUCUUUACUGUAGUGGAUACAGUGGGUGUUGUUGUUGCUGCAGUUGGUGCAGUAGGUACUAUCUGCGCUGGAGUUGGUGCAUUGGGUACUGCCGUUGGUGCAGUUAGUACUGUGAAUGCAACCAGGAUGAUUGUAGCUAGUGCAAUAACUGUCGUUGUGGGCUGGAAAAUUUGGCAACGCAAGUAAUUUAUCGGGUUGAUUUCUUGUAUAAUCACUUAAAAAUAAUAAUAUAGUUUAGUUUAAAGUUUGUCUUGAGAUGUAUGAUGUGUAGUUGAAGUUCUACCCAAACUUUCCUUAUGUUUUGUAAUAUUUUGAUUUUCCUUU